AUGCCUAUCACUUCAGAUAUAAGUCAUCCACGUAACACCAACUACAGCAACAACCACAACAACACAUCUCCACAGACCUCAACUUUUACCAGUAACGAGUCUCAAUCACCGCCAUACACGCAUUCGCAACCUUUGUCACGCGAGCAGCCACAGAAUUUUUUUAGGCGAUUAACUAAAUCGUUUAUUUCAUUCCGACAACCAACAUUUGCCACCAGCACUAUUGAUCGGAAUAACGCAUCAAAAUCGUCACUGAGUACCCUAAAGAAACUAAUUAAAGGGUUGUUUCGCAAAAGAAGGACUUCCUUAGGCAAAAAUAUUGAUAAUAAGAUGGAGAGUGGCAAUAGUGCAGAUCGAGAUGCACCCCUUGCCACCGAGGAUGAUAGACCCGAUAGAGACAGAGGAGAAAUGCAGAAUGGGAAUCAAAGCCAAACAGAUGAUCCGCUUUCAGACGAUGAACUGGACUUUGAAUCCAGGGUGGCUGAAUUUUUCCCUAAUUCUCUGUAUCGAGAUUUACAGCAUAACACAAAUCAGUUGCAAGAAACUACCCAGCCAACUACACAACAGAAUUUUGAAUCAACCCAGUUGGAACAACAGAGCGUUCCAUCAGCCACAAACACCUCUGAUAAUACAUCUGCUACCGCCAACACCAUCAACUACAAUAACAACAACUACAACACUAGCGACAACGACACCAAUAGUAACAACCAUAAUAAUAACGGACGCAACGAGACUAACCCAAACACAAAUAACGCCACGUCAGACACCCAGUCAAACACAAAUGACCCACCACUGGGUCCCGACAACAACAGCAACAAUAAUAAUAACACUGAUACCCAUAAUAGAGCAAUCGUAAUUACCGUCAACUAUCUAUUUUCCGACCAGAACCGCCCCGACAACCCGAAUCGAUCAGGUUCACUUGUUCUUUCCUUACCCAAUAAUUCUACCAACCGCGAUCCUGGAUCCAUCCAAGAGUUUAUCAGAAUUGCAACGCAAAUGGCAUACACUUUGGUUAUGAGUGGAUUACUGAAUCAACAAAGAGGAAUUACGUUGAAUAAGUUUGAACUGUUUGAAAAGAUGAAUGUUCGUCAUUUUGGUGAAGAUGAUUCAAGGGUUUGUUCGAUAUGCUUUGACGAGUUUGAUGCAGUGGAGGAUGAGGAUGAAGAACAGGCUUUGGUGGACGAUGAAGAAGAGGAAGGAGAGAGGAAGGUUGUGGGCAACAAGGAUGAAGAUAAAGAACGAUACGUGGUGCGUAAGAGGAGAAGAUUAGUUGACAAGACAUCUCGAUUAUUGCGAAGAUUUUCCAGAUCACAUACUGAAGCGAUUGAAGAUGGAGAGAGACGUACCCCAAAUAGAUCAGAAGCUAGUUCCAUUAGUGAUUAUGUUACACCUUUGUCAUCAAGCAACACGACGUCUGGGCCUUAUAUAAGGACCAGAGCGUCGUCAAAUGAUACAGUACCAUCUACAAAUGCAACAUCACCACCACAACAACCACAAGGGUCAACACAAACAGCAACACAAUCAGCAACACAAUCAGCAACACAAUCAGCAACACAAUCAGCUCUAGACGAUUCACGACCUGUUUAUUUGAUUGAUGUGAAAGAGCCAUUUGACCAUUCCCCAAUCAAGAUGCCCUGUAACCAUGUCUUUGGUCAAGACUGUUUAAGUGAAUGGUUGAAACAGCAUUCGACGUGUCCUUUGUGUAGAUACUCGGUUGCAGAACCAGUGAGAUCAGGCGGAGCCAAUGCAGGUGAAGGUAAUGAUGGAGGAUCGCCACCAACAGGUGCAGGGCUUUUCACGGGUGGGGGCUUACCUCAAGCUCAACACCAAGAAAUAAAUGGACAAAAUUAUACAUUUUAUACCAUUCCGCAUGAGUCAUUACCCGAUAUUGGAAAUAAUGGCAAUGGAAAUGCUAAUGACACAGGGGGUGCAGGAGAUGAUGCUAUGCAAGCAAAUUUUGCCAAUCGGUUGGCUCUGCUAUUACGGCCUGCAUUGAUGGGUCAGACAGCUAGACAAGGUGGUGCUGGUGGUGCUGGCGGUGCUGGUGCUGGUGGUGCUGGUGCUGGUGCUGGUGCUGGUGACACUGCUGAUAAUUCUGCAACUACUGGCAAUGACAAUAGCCCAUCAAUUGAACCACUUUUACGCGUGAUGCAACAGGCACGAGAAGCUAGAGAGCGUAUGAUGAGAGGUGAGGGUACUGAUGCUGAUGGGCGGUUUGCCAGACUCAAUUCUGCUGAGCCCCCAUCAUAUACGCAGUCUUUGCGAAAUUCAGGUGAACGGUCAUUUGCUCGACUUAGAGACACAUCACCUGGUCUAGGAGGAGGCAUGCGACGGGUUGGUGGUGGUGAUGGUGCAAGUAGAGGAGUGGGGAUGGAAAUAGGCGAAAGAACCAAUUUAGAAUUACAACGUGAGCUGCGCAUGAGACUGCGAAUGAGGCAUCGUGAUCAACAAGAGGAGGAGCGUUCUCGAUCAUUUCUUCCUGGAUAUAGUGAGAUUAUGAAUUAUAUUAGAAAUGGGUUUUCUGGAUUACGAAAUACGUCAAGUCGACUCAAUGGAGAUCACAAUCAUGGUAGUAACUCGGGUGGUGAUGAUGAUGACUCUAUGGAUUUUGAAACGAGAAGAGGACGUGAAAUGGCAUUACAUCCAGGUGGAUUAAUUAGUAUGCGUACUGCUAAUGGUAUUGAAACUUUUACUGAUGAACAAGUUGAACAGAUGCUUAAUGUAGAUGAUGUGGCCCGUGAUUCUGCAAGACUGGGACUGAGAACGGAUCGUGCUAGUAAUGAUCGUAGUGGCAAUGGUGGGGAAGACAACAAUGAUGAUGGUGAUGAUUUAGAUGAAAGUAGAAGAGGGCUGCUUGAUUCACUUUCUUAUCAUCGCAGAAAUUAUCGUUGA